AUGACGCUCGCAGUCCUCGUCAUCGCCGCGGCGUGUCUGCUGGCGCCACCGUCGCUGGCGGCUCCGUGGCUCAGGACUCGCGGCCACGGGCGCGUCAUCAACGGCACGGAGGCCGACAUCGCCGACUUCCCCUGGAUGGUGUCGCUGCAGAUCCUGGACGACCACGUGUGCGGCGCUUCCAUCAUCAGCAGCACAUGGGUGCUGACGGCGGCGCACUGCGUCUACGUGUGCCAGCUGUACGCCGACCGCCACAAGAGCAUGCGCGCCGGCUCCUCCAGCAGGGCCAGCGGCGGCGUCCGCCUCGACGUGGCCCAGAUGAUCAAGCACGCCGACUUCCAGAUGCCCACUGACGAGGACCCUGACGUCGACUACGACAUCGGCGUCAUCCAGGCUUCUGAACCGUUUCCGCUGGGCACGAACAUACAAGUGGCGAACCUCGCCGCCGACGGAUACGACGCCCCGGCGGGCCUGCCGGUCACCGUCACGGGCUGGGGCGACACCGGGAUCGACUACGACCCCGUCUACCUGCAACGGGCGGACAUGCACGUCGUGGACCGCGACACCUGCCGUGAAAUGAUGGCCGACGUGGCGCCGGUCACGCCGCGCAUGGUGUGCGCCGGGGACCCCACCAUGGCCGCCUGCCACGGCGACUCGGGCAGCCCGCUGGUCGAUGGGGACACUCAGAUCGGCAUCGUGUCCUGGAGCCGGUCCGACUGCAUCAGCGCUACGGCCGUCUAUGCGGAUGUGGGCAACCUCCGGGCCUGGAUCAGGAACAACACUGGAGUUUAA